UCAGGGUCGACAGCAGCACCGUAGGAAGAGACGCCAUUAUGCGACUUUUCGUCUGACCGGCGUGCAGUGUUGCACAUGUAGGCAGCUUAAUUUAGUGCGGUGUCUCCGGCACUUCGCAGUCAACAUGGGGUGCUGCGUGGCUGUGAACUGCACCAAUUCGCGUGCGAAGGGCUUCCGCAUGUACAGGUUUCCCAGAGACCCCAAGAGAAAACGCAUAUGGGAAGAAAAGACAAAACGUGGUGGCGGCUGGAGACCUAAUGCGAACAGCGAGCUGUGUGAGGCACACUUUGACGACAGUCAGUUCGAGUCGCGUCGGGCUGACGGCUGGAGAAAACUGAAGCCAAACGCCGUGCCCACCAUUUUCGCCCACACUGUUGUUCGUGUCACAAGGAAACCGCCCAAGAGUCGGUUGCAGCCCCAGGGUAUAACAGUGCCGCUGAGAGAGGAGGCAAGGACUGCUGAGUCUACCUCAACCUCACAGGCUGGACAGACGUCUACAGAGGCAAUAGGAGGUGCACCCGCAGUUUCGCUGAUGAAGGAAGGCUGUAUGCCCCUGCAGAGGAGAGAGCUCACCACCCAGCAGACAACUUCAGGCUUAUCAAGUAUAGAGCACUUCCCGGUGGGUUCUAUUCAUACUAGUGAUGACUCUUCUGUUGUGCAGAUACUUGUGCGCCCAUGUUUUCCACAUGCAGUGUCAGAUAUGGCUGUUCCAGAAAAGGAGUGCACUAUGCAGGACACAAACACUCCUGAUGCCGUACAGGACCUUAGUACGUGUAGCCUUGAGCUCGAGAUUUUGACACAGGCACCAGACAGCCCAUCCCAGGUUGAAACACUGGAGUACUCACUGAACAGCUCUGCCGCACUUUAUCCUGAGGCACCAGCGAGCCCACUGAUGGUCGACACACUGGACAGUUGUUCACCCACAUGUCAUCCAGAGGACACAGAUAAACAGGCCUGUGACAGUUCCUCCCAGCCAAUGCAUGGAGACACUGCAAACAUCUCAUAUGUUUUGCACAAGCAAAUGUGUGACCAUUUGUCUGUGUUGUCCCGAGACACUACCAUGCCAAUUGACGUCAUGGACACCAACGCUCCUGAUGCCGUACAGGACCUUAGUACAUGCAGCAUUGAGCUCGAGCCACCAGACAGCCCACCCCAGCUUGAAACACUGGACAGCUCACAGAACAACUCUGCUGCACUUUAUCCUGAGGCACCAGACAGCCCACUGACAGACAGCCCACGCCAAUAUGAAACACUGGACAGCCCACUGAACCAUUUCCCUACACUUCACCCUGAGCCACCCGACAGCCCACAGCUCAUUGAGACACUUGAUAGCUGUUCAGCCACAUCUCAUCCUGAGGCAGCCGCUGGUGAUCAGCAGAGGUUGCUGCAAAGAAUUGCAGAGCUGGAACGCCAGUGUCGCAGAGAAAAGAAGAAAGUCAGGAAGCUGCAGGAAGAGAAGCAAAAGUUCUCCGAGAACCUCAGUUCAGUAUUCAACGAGGACCAACUGGCAUCACUUUCACGGUCUAGCAAUCGUGGGAGCAAGUGGUCAGAAGAAACAAUAAAGAAGGCCCUGCAACUGCACUUCUCCUGUGGAAGCACAGGAUAUAGCAACCUUCUGGAUCAAAAGCUGCCACUCCCAUCGUCACGGACACUGAGACGCAGAGUUGAAGCAAUCAAGUUUAAUCUCGGAAUUCUUGACGAAAUGUUCAGCCUGCUGGAAAGCAAGGUGCCUGGCCUCAACGUUCAACAAAAAUGUUGUGUCCUCAUGAUAGACGAAAUGGCGAUUCAACAACGGAUGGAAUAUGACCCAAGCACAAGCUCUGUGCGUGGGUAUACUACCUUGCCUGUCCCAGGCAAACCAUCCAACACACCUGCAACGCAUGGCCUAGUAUUCAUGCUGUGUGGUAUGUCAACACGGUGGAAAUAGGUGGUUGCGUACCAUUACACAGGUGAUUCAUUCAGCGGUGUUGAUGCUGGCAAGGUCACAGUUGACAUAAUUGAGUGCCACAAGAUCGGCCUGAAUGUACUCGCCAUCACCACGGACAUGGGACCUGGAAACCGCUCAAUGUGGCAAUACUUUAAGGUGAAUUCUGGGAAGCACAGCCGCAUUGCCAACAUCGCUCAGCACCCCUCGUUUGGGAACAGGCAGGUCCGCUUUCUUGCAGAUGUUCCUCACAUUGUUAAAAACUUGUGUGGACAUCUCAUCAAUGGACAGCUCCUCAUGCUCCAUGAAGACGACGUGAAGAGACACAACCUGCCAGGUUCCGUGAUCACCCUGGAUCCUAUCAAGCAUCUCGCAAGGUUCCAAGAGGAAAGCACAUUCAAGUUGGCACCAAAGAUACGGAAAGAGGUUGCGGAUCCAAAUCAUUUUGACAAAAUGAAGGUCUCCAACGCUAUGAGUAUCUUCAGCCACUCUACAGCAGUUGCUCUCCGCACCAUGGUCGAGGAACAUGGCUGGCCAGAGCAAACAUUGGUGACAGCGUGGUUCAUCGACCAGGUGAAUCACUGGUUUGACUUGAUGUGUAGCCGCCACCCUGUUAUGGCACUGAGUCGCCACAAUACCGCAAAAUACGAAGAAGCCCUGAAAUUUCUGCAAGUGUUCAUGGACAUGUUUUCCCGCCUGAAAAUUGGAAACGGGCACUACAAGCCAUGCCAGGCAGGCGUCCUCCUCUCCACAACCUCUAUGCUCGAGUUGCAGAAGCAUCUUCUGGAAGACCUGCACUUCGACUUCCUGUUGACAUCCAGAUUUACUCAAGAUAGCCUUGAGAAUUUCUUCUCUACAGUACGCCACAGAAACCCGAUUCCGACGCCACUAGAAUUCAAGAUGUCGCUGAAGAUAAUCAGCAUUUCGCAAUACCUAAAAGUGUCCACAACAGGAUCCUACGAAGUUGACGAUGGAACAUUUUUCUUGGCUGAUUUUAACACAUCGAAGGAAAAUCAAGCUCCACAACCAAGCACUGAUCCUGACAACCUUCUGUAUGGAAAGCCACAUCUCACAAAAGCUGAAGAAAGUGCGUUCUUCUGUUACUGUGGGUACAUUGUGUCACGUGUCCUGAAGAACAAUGUGACCUGCAGGGAAUGUGAGAGUGGCCUCACUGAAAAGCCCAGUAGUACCUCAGGCGUGCACAGUUUCACCACCAGUAAGUGCUUCAAGGAAGGUGCAUUGACGUACCCGUCCCCAGCUGUGUAUGACAUGCUCCUCCUUUGUGAAAAUGUUUUCAUAAAGACAAUAGGAAGUUGCAUGGACAAGGACAAUAUCCUUUGCACCUUGCAUAGUGCAAUGCUUACUGCUGCAAAACACGUGCCACUCACAAACUGUCAUGGUGUGAAGGACAAGAUCAUUCGCCGGUUUUGCCAUGCACGUUUACAGCUGCACCUGUCUGACCUGAGCAGACAAAUUAACACUAAAGUGAGAGACAUGGGCAGCAAAAGCAUGUGCGCCCCACGUCGACAAAAGUGACACAUAACACAACAGUGACAGUGUACUUGAUGAACGCUAUUUUGCGGAAUCAUGAUUUCCAUUUUAUUCAUAUGUUGUAGAACUGUGACAGUCUACAAUCUUGACUUCGUGCAGUUUGAGAAUUUAAAGAAGGUGCAGUUUUCUUUUUGCCCAUUUGUAGUGAGUGAACAUUGGUAUAUCCAAGUGUGCGUUUCAGCUAGGUUUUAUUUUGAUCAGUGUUGUGUAUGUCUCAACUUUGUGCCUGAACACUGGAUAGAUUUCAAUUGUUUGACUAAAGCUGGACUGUUUUCUUAGCGUGAACUGUGUAUUCUUAGUGUAAUGUAUGCCAUUGUUCCUCCUUGUGGUAUCCCCACCUUGCUGUGGUGAGGAGGCUUGUGUGCUUCUGUGAAUUUAUGGGCUAAGCCAGCCGUAGUUAACUACUGUAAUUAGCUGUGUACUACAUCAGGGCCACCCAUGCUGGAAAGGCCAUAGCUGAGGGGCUAGACUAAGAGGGAUACAUAAAAAUGCUUGUUUUUGGUGUGUAGUCUUUAGUUUCUCUCUAGCACCCACAUGUAUGUUAUCAUGCAAACAAAGGUGUAAGGACAAUAGGCAAUAAAGUCUAAUUUUCAGUUAUUGCA